AUGGCAAUAAGAAAUUCAAAUUUCUUUUUAUUAAUUCUAUUAUUAUCAUCAAUCAGUGCAUUUAAUCAACCAGGAUUCGGGCCUAUUAAAUCAUUACCACAAACACAUAUUCAAUGGUUUUCAAUUUUAAAUUCGCUUGUCGUUGUCUUAUUUCUUUCGGGUAUAGUUGCUACUAUUCUUUUCCAUAUAUUAUGUAAAGAUAAUCCGCGUUAUAGUCGAAUAGUUGGUACUGGUAGUGCAAAAGAACAAUUUGGAUGGAAGCUAAUUGAUGGUGAUGUAUUUCGUCCACCACAAUAA